AUGGACCUCGCGCUCACAAUCAUUGACGGUCUCCGCCAGAUCUUUGAGUUGCGCGAUGCGAUUCGUCGCCAGCGCCACGAGAACCGGAAGAUGUAUCUGCGCAUGAUGGAGAUCUACGUCGAGCUCCAGCCGUCGGGACCUCUCCAAGCCAACCCGACGUUGCAACGCACCAAAGCUGUCGAGAAGUUCGCAGAUGCGGUGGCCUCGUUCUCAAAGUACCUGCAAAAAUACCACGACAUGCAUCGAGUCGUCCGAAUGCUCAAACAUGUGAAAAUGGAGAAGCGACAGAAAAUCGCUUCGGAAAUCGACCAACUCUUCCGAACGCUCAACCUCGCCGCGACUGUGACGGUGAUGAACGAACAAGCCGCCGCUUCCAGUAACGCGGCGGAAUUCUUCGCUAAGCUUGAAGACAUGCACGGCGACAUCAAGCUCAGUCACGACCAAAUCCACGCUGCCCUCCUCGCAGACAAGCAGCAGCUCGAAAUGGUCAACAAGACGGCGAUAGUUGAGCGGGGUCCUACAUUCGCUAGACGUGCUACCAUUAGGGAGCGUGAUGCUAAGGUUUUGACUCGUCAAGCGCCCAUGAAGAAGAAAUGCACGCAGGCGUCGGUCGACGAAAAACUGGCGUUAAAAGAGAGCGUGGCUGAGGAGAAACUAGCGGUUGAAACGAAGACAAGCCUAGCAGGCACAUGUACCGUGCUGGAUGACAAGGCGGUAUCAAACGAGCCUACGGACAAGCAGACGGCUACAGAUGGAGAGAAAUACGUCGAGGCUGCUGAGUUGGACCCAAGCCUUGCCAAUGUUGUGAUUGAGCAGCAGAAGGAACGAGCUCUACUACGUCUCAUGCGCAUGUGCGUCACCAACCGCAAGCGCGUCCAAGUGUACAGAGCGCAGGGGAUUCCCGUCCUCUCGGACUUGGCGCGCACCAGCAACAACUUUUUCACUCAACUCUACGCUCUGCACUGUCUGAGCUGGUUCACCUUCUCCCACUCCAAGAUGAGCGAAUCAACAUUCACAGAGCUGCAGCGCUGCGUUCGAGAGCCGACACACUCGGAAAUCCUCUCGAUGCUGGACGAACUACAGCACGGGGACGAACAAGCGAAAGAGGUCGCAGCACUGCAAUGCUCCUGCCUCGCUACACGCGGAGACGGAGACAUGCUACGUCGCGUCGGACUGUUGCCUCUACUGACUCCUCUCCUCUCUGAGGGCACUUCAAACCAGCAACUCUGGGUGGCUGAAGCUAUCGUGACUCUCGCUAGUAACAGCGACGACAACUGCGUGGCAAUUGCACGUGAAGGAGCCAUCCCACCGCUGGUUACACUGUUGCGUUCCGAGUCGGAUAUGCACAAGCAGGAAGCCACUUACGCGCUGGGAACUCUGGCUGCAAACAACGCGGUGAAUCGAGCAAAAAUCGCUCGCGAAGGAGCCAUUCCCCCCCUGGUGGCGUUUGUGAGAGCCGCGACGGAUGCGCAGACCCAAUGGGCCGUCUACGCUCUGGGGUUUCUGUCGCUUAGUAACGAGGAGAACCGCGUGUUGAUCGCUCAGGAAGGCGCUGUCCCUCCUCUGGUUGAGCUGCUGCGGACUGGAACGCAAGCGCAGAAGCAGUGGAGUGCGUACACUCUGGGGAAUCUGGCUCAUAACGACGAGAACCGAGUAGAAAUCACGCGAGAAGGAGCCGUCACGCCGCUGAUUGAGCUGCUCCGAAGUGGAACGGAGAUGCAGAAGCAACGAGCUGCGUUUGCGUUGGGGAACUUGGCGUGUGAUAAUGACGUGGCGAUGGAUGUCGAUGAAGCCAUCUUGCCGCUCGUGGAGCUUGUGCGAUCGGGGUCGGAUACCCAGAAGGAAGACGCCGCGUACACCUUGGGGAACCUCGCAGCCAAUAACAUUGAUAGACGCGCUGAGAUCGGACGCAAAGGAGCGAUCCCACCGCUGGUACAACUCCUGAAAAGUGGCAAUGAAGACCAGAAGCAAUGGGCUGCUUUUGCACUACGUUGUGUGGCCUAUGAGAACGACGCGAACCGUGUGGCGAUUGUGGAAGAAGGUGCGAUUGCAGCACUUGCUGAGCUUGUGGAGGAAGGUUCAGAGGAGGAAAAGGAGCUAGCCGCUCAUGCACUCAAACAUCUCGUCUCGAAGAAGGACGAGGACGCGAAUAUCGACGGAUACAUGAGUCCGUUGAUGGGCUAUUUACGCGCGGGGGUCACCUCUCAGAACGCGAAUGUGGCUGCUGCUCUCAAUACGUUGGGAACUGUGCGCGACAGAGUCUCUCCGCUCUUCCACAGACUGGUGAAGUCGUAUACCGACGCACACCAGCCUGAACGUGACCCUGCUGAUGAGAAAGCAGAGUCAGCUUGGAAAUACUACUCGACAAACUAUCAUUAA